CGGGAGGUUUAUAUCACGUGACAGUCUCUGUGGCGUGGUUUGGCCUACUUCGAAAGCUGAUUGUCAAAUAUUUAGAAGAAAAAAAGAAAGACUUAGAUCAGAAUGGCUGAUGAUGCAGCAAUGGAGGAGAAGUUGUUAGCUGGGGAAGAGGAGGCAAAAAAGGAAUCAGACACAAUGGAUACAACAGAGAACGCAGAGUUGGUGGAAGUGAAGAAGGACGAUGCUGAAGAAGAAGAGGAAGAAGAGAAAACAGAGACCAAACACGAGAAACGGGAAGAAGAAAACACUCUGUUGACAAAUGCCAUUAAAGGACCCAUCAGGCUUUCUGUUGUUCUAAUUAAAGAUCUGAGUAAUCAUGACCUUCAUCAAGUUCUACACAGGUGUUCUAAGGCUACCCUGGAAAUGGAAAGGAGAAGGGGCGGAGGGGAACGAGUCAAAAUUGGUGUGCUUACAUUGUGGUUUGAUCCAUGGAGAUCCAUUGGGGCCCUGGCAAUUCUCAAGAAGCUCGCAAAACUACAGUUAUCUGGAGAAGAUUUUAAAAUGGAGUGUCCCAAAGCUUUGGCUUCCAUGCUUGGUACACAGAAGAUAAAGGAAAAGUAUCCUGAUGCCAAAUUUGGACAUAAAAAUAAAACUCUGUAUGUUCAUGACAUACCACAAGAAACUACUGAAGAGGUUUUAAGGGCCAUGUUCCCAGAUGUUUCUAGUGUCAACAUGCCCGUCGAUAAAGAGGGGAAGAAGCUCGGGGUAGCCAUUCUGGAUUUUGUAUCUGGGAAGGACUGUGCAGCCGCUCUGGAGAGAAGUCCUGUGGUUCUGAUUGGAGAAACCAACUGCACUGUGGACUGGUACUUCCCAGCACCUGAAGAUUUGGAUGAUCCCGCGGAAAGACAGAAGAAGCAACACAAAGAACAGUCGGGAGGCUGGAGGAAAAGGAACCGUGGGGGUGGUGGUGGUGGUGGGGGCGGAGGUUACUAUGGCAACAGAGACAGAGGUCGUCGUGACUACAGAGCCGGUCCCAUGGGAGGAGAGUACGGACAGAAUUACAUGAUGAAACAGGAGAAAAUGAACCAGAUGUUGAUGAAUCAGAUGCAGAAUUUGGCGUCCAUGGUGGGGGGAGGUCCAGGGGGACCCCAGGGAUAUGGGGGGAACCCACCUAUGGGCCAGAGUAGUGGUUAUGGAGACUAUGAUCAAGGAUUCGGAGAUAAUUUUGGAAGUUACCAGUCUGGUUACUAUGGAGAUGAUGACUAUUCAGCACCAAACAAAAGAAUGAGAGGCAAUAGAAACAGACGAGGAAAUAUGUGGUGAACAGGGAGAAAGAAAUGUUACCAUCUGAGGAUUACAGAUUUGUUGUGAUGUGAAAAUAGACAUAGACAUUCAUGCAUUCAAAGACACUAUUUUGAAUGAAAAUCCAAGUUUUUUUAUAUAUACAUAUAAAUGUAUGUAUCAUCAUGCAUCGUAUUGCUGUUGUUCGUAUCAUGUCAAUCUUUUUUUUUACACAUGUCAAGUGGAUUUUCAUGUUAAGGUAUUAAAUGUACAUGAAAUUCAUAAGAUAUUGGAUCUUUUUUUUUUUUGUAUUUUGUCAUUUUACCAAGAUGGUUAAUUAAUUUAGCUAACAUUUUAAUGAAAAAGUGUGAUUAAGUGUGUGAAAUGCUACUUCAGAUACUGCAUGAAAAAGUAUCUAUAGAUAAUGCUCAUGCAAUUUGUCAGAUACAAGUUUUUUUAAGCAGAUAAAGAUGUUAUUACGAUGGAAGGAUCUGUAUUGAAGAAAGCAUGCUAAUGUGCUUAUGAUAAAAAGGAUCUCCUCAAAGAGGGGUCAUAAAAAGUGUUAGAAAAGAAAAAGUAUUUAAAAAAUAUAUACUCUUGAAAUUUUGAACACAUAAAUUUGAAAAAAUCUUCCAACUAUGUUUUGUGUUUUCCUGAAUAAACACUUUUUAUCUUGUAAUUCUAGAAGUAUCUCAUAAUAACAGGAUAAGGUCUUAAAUGUUGAAAAGUUGAGUAUAUUCAUGUAGAAACCAGGAAGUAACAAUUUUGUAUCUUGCAUAUAAUGUACAAUAUAUUUUGCUCAUCCCACUAUUGUAAUCUGAGCAAAAAUUCUACAGUAGUAUUUUAGAUUUUAACAAGCAAAUUCAAAGAAUUGUAGUCCCCCGCUUUCAGUGUCUUUGUGGAUGAGAUGUCAUUUUUUAUGACACAUUGUGUCUAAUAUGAACACCCUAUCAUAUGUCAUUUAUUUAGAAAUUA